AUGGAGAUGAAGAUAGAAGAGAAGCGCAACAAAAUCUACAAAAUGUCGUCGUUUUUAGUUUGGGUCAUAGCUUCAGUGAUUUUCAGGCUAAUUAUUUACUUCCCGAAAAAUUUCAACUUAUCUUCUUGUCCCGAAGUCUCCACUCCUAUCUCCAGCAUACGUCGUUUGGCGGAGGGAUACUGGCUAAAGCAAUCGUCAACGUCUCCAUAUGCAGGUUCAAUGUAUCAUGGUUCUCCUCUGUUACUUUCUCUGCUUGGGCCGCUCACUGUUAAGAGAAUUGAAGGGCAACCCCAUCAUCUUCUAUGCAGUUUCCUUUUUGUGCUUGCAGAUGUCAUGAGUGCAAUGCUUCUUCGUGCUGCCAGUCAGAAUCUUCAGGCAGCAUAUACUCAAAGAUGGAAAUCCCUAGAACUUCAUGAACUGUCAAAAAAUUCAGAGAUUAUUUCUUCUGGAGAUAUUGCCGCUCUUGUAUACUUGUGGAAUCCUUUCACAAUAGUAGCUUGUGUACGUUUGUCCACAUCACCAGUUGAAAACCUGGCCAUCAUAUCAUCUUUCUAUGGAGCAUGUACAGGACUGCCUCCCUUGGCUGCUUUUGGGUGGGUUAUGGCUACUCAUCUAUCUCUUUAUCCUGCAAUUUUAAUUAUUCCGUUGAUUUUUUUACUAGGAUAUGGUCCAGAUGCUCCUCCGAGGAAACUGUUCCUUCAAAGUAGAUGCAGCAAAGGUGGAGAUAAUCCCUUAAGUAGUACAUCUUGUCAACAGGAGGAACUGAAUCAAUCAAUGACCUUCUCGUGGAAACCAGUCAUUCAUUUUUUGUUGUGGAUUUCUGUCUGGUCUGUCUAUGUGCUUAUUCUAUGUGGCAUAUCGGUUCAAAAUAAUGGUGGUCUGUUGGAGAUGUUUAAAAGUACAUACGGGUUCAUCCUCACUGUGGAAGAUUUGUCUUCAAACAUGGGUGUUUUGUGGUACUUCUUUGCUGAAGUUUUUGAAUUUUUCAGAAAUUUCUUUUUGAUAGUGUUCCAUGUGAAUAUUCUAUUCAUGGUAUUGCCAUUGGCCAUACGGCUGAACCACCGACCUUGCUUCUUGGCUUUUGUGUACAUUGCUGUCUCAUCAAUGCUUAAAUCUUACCCUUCAGUUGGCGAUUCAGCUUUAUAUUUGGGUUUGCUAGGUUGGUUUGUUUUUGAAUUGGCAGAUUCUGUAUUCUUCCUCUUUUGCGGAUAUGUCGGAGUUCCCCUUCUCAGCCCUAUGAUGCACAAUCUAUGGAUAUGGAGGGAACAUGGAGCUGUUAAGGAUGACAAUCUUGUUUUUGUCAAAUUGGGACUAUCUUGA